AUGUUCACAGACACUCUGUCUGCCGCCAGUGUGCGCCAUCCAAAGCCACCAAACACCACGUUUGCAUAUGGAACAGCCGGGUUCCGUACUAUUGGCUCUCUGUUGGACUCAACCGUUUUCAGGGUAGGCGUGCUGGCGUCUCUGCGAUCCGCUAAGGUGGGAGGGAAAACCAUCGGCGUCAUGAUCACUGCGUCCCACAAUCCGCCCGAAGACAACGGUGUCAAGGUUGUGGACCCGCUGGGAGAAAUGCUGCCGCAACAAUGGGAGCCCUAUGCCACCCAGCUGGCCAAUAGCGACAACCUCGAGGACGACGUUCGGGAUAUAGUCUCGAGAGAGAAUAUCGAUGUCGCGCAGGCUGGGCUUGUUGUCGUUGGCAUGGACACGCGGGAGACGGGUCCACAGCUGCUCAGGGCUGCGAUUGAUGGAAUUGAGGUGUUCGGACGAGCCAAAAGCUUUGGAGAGCUCACCACGCCCCAGCUACACUAUCUAGUUAGAUCGCACAAUGAUCCAGGCUUUGGAGAGUCUUCAGAGGAUGGAUACAAUAAAAAAAUAGUCGGUGCGGUCGAGGAAAUCUUGCGUUUGUGGAAUAUCCAAGAGCCGCUGGAAAUAACCGUGGAUGCUGCAAACGGAGUUGGUGCUCCAAAACUGCGCAACUUGAGCAGCAAUUCAAUCAUUAUCACCAUUGUGAACAGCAACACGCAGGAUAAGAGUGCACUGAACGUUGAGUGUGGCGCAGAUUACGUCAAGACGAACCAGAAACUGCCUUCUAACCUGCAACCGAGAGACCACCAGCUGUACUCGUCCUUUGACGGUGACGCCGAUAGAGUGGUAUUUUAUUACGCGGACGGACCACGUUUUCAGCUUUUGGACGGAGACCGCAUCGCCACGCUUUUGGCGAGCUUCCUCAACAAAUUGCUUCAGCAAGCCAAGGUCGAAGCUAAAAUGGGAAUCAUACAAACUGCAUAUGCCAACGGCAACUCGACUAGAUAUAUUCAGGAGACACUUCAAAUCCCCGUUGAUUUCACACCGACAGGAGUCAAGCAUCUUCACCACAAGGCCCAGGAGUACGACAUUGGGUUGUACUUUGAGGCCAACGGACAUGGCACAGUUCUUUUCUCUGACGACUUCAUAGAUUCACUCAAAUCUGCGCACAGCAGUUUGCCAGAAGGGAAACGGGCCCUCAAGACACUCAUUCUGCUCACAGAGCUCAUCAAUCAGACAGUCGGCGACUCCAUAUCUGACCUCUUUGCAGUUUUGCUUGCGUUAAGAAUUCAGGACAAAACCUGUGUCGAGUGGGGCAGAGACUACACCGAACUCCCGAACAAGCUCUUCAAAGUUCUUGUGAAGGACCGGUUUGCUUUCAAGACCACCGACGCAGAAAGAAGACUCGUGGAGCCGGCUGGUGUGCAGGCCCAGAUCGACGCUCUCGUGGCUGCAUAUGCGCAAGGACGCUCGUUUGUGAGGGCGAGCGGCACAGAAAACGCCGUGCGAGUGUACUCGGAAGCGGCAUCUGCAGCCGACUGUGCUGAGCUGGGCGCUCGCGUGUGCCAGCUGCUCGAGCCAUACUGA